UGCAUUUAGAAUUGAUUCAGAAACUAUCUUCUAGUACUAGUACUAAGCCACUUAUCGCAAUGCCUUCCUCGCAUGCAUGGAACAUGCUGAAUCCAUGCGUCAGGAUCGAUUUUCAAGGCUGACGCCCGGCCCGUCACGUUCUAACGAAUUGAAACUUCGCAAGGCAAGAUUUAUGGUACUUCAAAACUCACCAACAACUCAAGACGCCCUUUUCGUGAUUUUCGAUCUUUCCAACGGCGCCAUGUCACCUUCUCUCAGGAGAGUAUCGUCGACUGUAUCUUUUUAUACCUCGGAACAUAAUACAGCUGGCCACAGUCACCAUCCAAUCGAGGAUGGCGACAUCGUCGAAGAAACAGCCGCAGAUAAAAUUUCCUUAGUCGGCUCGGCCAUUGUGACGCAAACAGCGGCGAUGUCCCUCGAUGCAAUGUCGUUUUCUUCUGAGAGGGCAUCAUCCACCGUAUUCUUCCAUCCCUUAUGUCAAAGAGCAGCCGGCCACAGCUUGGACCGAAUCGAAGAUGCUCCGCAUCACCCAGAUGCCUGCAAUGUUGUAGAGACGGGCGCUGGUCAAAGUUCCCGGGUCGAUGUGAACACUAGGACGCAAACGUCGCCAGCGCCCCUCGACACAAUGUUGCUAUCUCCUGAGAGAAUAUUGUCCACCGUACCCGUAUGUGGCGUGUGGCUCUUCCUCAGCAUGAAAUUAACUUGAGGUCAGUUCCAUAGUCCCUCAGGUCAGAGUGCAGCUAGCCACAGUUCAGAUCGAGUCGAGGACAAAAAUCACACGAGUAGCUGGUUUAGUAGGACCCGAGAAAAGAAAAACCCCACUAUGGUAUCGACGAUCCUCGACACAACGCCGCCG